CUGGAGAACGGGAUAUUCGACUUGUGUACUGCCCACUUCUGGUUAUUAGUGCUGCGGAUUUUGUCGAAGUUGGUUCUCGUUGACCUGUUAUUAUUUUGUACCCUACCGAGAGGUUCUUAUUAUCCGAGGGCCGACAUUCUUCUUUUUUAGUUUGGUAUUUGAUGACAAUCAUGAAGUCCUUUCUAGUGAUACUUCUAAUAGCAUUUUCCGUUGCUCAUGCUAUUUCUUUCUAUGACCUUAUAUUGGAGGAGUGGGGAGCUUUCAAGAUCGAGCACGGCAAGAAGUAUGAGAGUGAGACAGAAGAAAAGUUUAGAAUGAAAAUCUUUAUGGAGAAUCGACAUAAGAUUGCACAACAUAAUGUGAGAUUUGGAAAGGGUUUAGUGCCUUAUGAACUGAAAAUUAACAAGUAUGGUGAUAUGCUUCAUCACGAGUUCAUAAAAACAAUGAAUGGUUUCAACAAGACUGGAGUAAAUGGUAAUUUAAGGAGUGCUGAGCAACCGGUUGGCGCGAAAUUCAUUGAACCUGCUAAUGUAGUACUCCCCGAUUCUGUUGAUUGGAGGACACAAGGGGCUGUAACAGCUAUUAAAGAUCAAGGUCAAUGUGGGUCAUGCUGGGCGUUUUCUGCGACUGGUUCAUUGGAGGGUCAACAUUUCCGGCAAACUGGAGUGCUUGUGUCUCUGAGUGAACAAAAUCUAAUAGAUUGUUCUGGCAAGUAUGGUAAUAAUGGAUGUGAGGGCGGUUUAAUGGAUCGGGCAUUCCAGUAUAUCAAGAAUAACCGGGGUCUUGACACCGAGAAGACUUAUCCCUAUGAAGCAGAGGAUGAUAAAUGCAGAUACAAUCCUCGCAAUAAAGGAGCUUCAGAUGCAGGCUUCAUAGAUAUUCCUGAAGGAGAUGAGCAGAAGUUAAAGGCUGCAGUGGCUACUGUCGGACCAGUUUCCAUUGCUAUUGAUGCAUCCCAUAGCUCAUUCCAGUUCUAUUCCAAAGGUGUCUAUUAUGACCCUGAUUGUUCAACCACUGAAUUGGACCAUGGAGUUCUUGUCGUGGGCUAUGGAACUACUGAGGAGGGAGAAGACUAUUGGAUUGUAAAGAAUAGCUGGGGAGAAACUUGGGGAGAAAAGGGUUACAUUUUAAUGGCCAGAAAUAAGGAUAACAGUUGUGGAAUCGCUUCUUCAGCCAGCUACCCUCUGGUGUGAUGAAUGGCCUGAUACUGAAAAUUAGGAAGUGGUGUAUUCACUCCUUUUUGGAUCCAUUAAUUUACAAAAUUCAUUUUUUAAGUAACAAUUGAUUAGUUUUAAGCAGGAUCAGUUUGGGUAUACAUGCUUGUUAAUUUUUCCACAAGCAUUGUCUGAUAUUUGAAAUAUUUACUAUUAUACCAAAAUAAUGUCAGUAACUAUUACUAGUGUUCCUUGAACACUAGUAACUUCACAAUAACCCAUUCAAAGGCAUUUCGUCAACUUUUGCGAAGUAAUAAACUUUCCUAGCAUAUCCAAAAUCGUAAAGUUAAUUAUUUUUGGUAAUAAGUUACGCUAAAAUGCAUUGAUUAUAUAUAUUAUUUUCCAAAUAGUUAUUUCACGAAAUUGGAUAUGCGAUGAAUGUUAUAUUAAAUGACAAAAAUUUUUGAUAAGUAGUGGUAAGCUGAUAUUCAUUGUAAUUGUAGUACUUAUUUUUAAUACAUAAAAAUAAAUAAAAGUAUAUUUUUUCUUCUUGGCUGUCA